AUGCCUCCAUCUUCUCAUCCAUCUAGCUAUACAGCGAGUGACGUAGAUAACCUCCGGGAACAGAGGGCACAAGUUGUGGAGUCAAAAAAGGAGCCUGUAUUGUUAGACAACGAGAUUGCAUUCAACGAGGCUGUGAUUGAAGGAAAAGAGCAAGGGAUACAAGAAAUACAUAAUCAUAUUGGAGAAGUUAAUGAGAUAUUCAAAGAUCUUGCGGUUCUUGUUAACGAUCAAGGAGUCAUGAUAGAUGAUAUCGGUACUCACAUUGACAACUCUCGAGCUGGAACUGCUCAAGGAAGAUCUCAGCUUGCACAAGCCUCAAAAACACAAAGAUCAAACUCAUCUCUGACAUGCUUGCUCUUGGUGAUAUUUGGCAUUGUACUCCUGAUCGUGAUUACUGUUAUCGCAGCUUGA